CGCGGAGCGCCGUGAUGACGUAUGUGAUGACGUACUUCCUGUCCCGGUAGCGGCGGGGGACGCGCUCGCCCGGCAGUCGCGAUGGGAGGGGGAGACCUGAACCUGAAGAAGAGCUGGCACCCGCAGACGCUGCGCAAUGUGGAGAAGGUGUGGAAGGCGGAGCAGAAGCAUGAGGCCGAGAGGAAGAAGAUCGAGGAGCUGCAGCGGGAGCUGCAGGAGGAGCGGGCGCGGGAGGAGAUGCAGCGCUACGCCGAGGACAUGGGCACCGUGCGGAAGCGCGAGGAGAAGCUGGAGUGGAUGUACCAGGGCCCCGGGGGAAUGGUGAACAGGGAGGAAUACCUGAUGGGGCGCCCCGUGGACAAGUUCAUCCUGGACAAGGUCGGGGACAGGGACGCCGGCGGCUCCGGGGACACGGGGCUGCUGCCGGGCUCCAUCUUCGCCAGGGCCGGGGCCAGCUCCGUGCUGGACAUGGCCACCAAGAUCCGCGAGGACCCGCUCUUCAUGAUCAGGAAGAGGGAGGAGGAAAAGAAAAGAGAAGUUCUGAACAAUCCGGUGAAAAUGAAGAAGAUCAAAGCCUUGCUGCAGAACAGUUUGGAUAAAAAGGAGAAGAAGAAGAAGAAGGAGAAGAAGAAGAAGCACAAGAAGCACCGGCGGCGCAGCUCCAGCAGCCACAGCUCCAGCUCUGAGGAGGACAGGGCCAGAAAUAAGUCUCAGAAAAAGGUGGACAGUUCCUCCUGGAAAGCUGCUGCUUCCAAAAUCCCGGGAUAUGGCUUGCAGGUGCGGGAUCCCGAGCAGAGGCGGCGCUCCCGGAGCCCCCCCGGCCCCGACAGAGCCGCCCCCAGGGCCCGGGAGCGCUCCCGGAGCUCGUCGCGCUCUCCGCAGAGACACCCCAGCAGGAGGAACCCCGACAGAGCCUCGGGAUCUCCCUCCAGGCACAGCAAACUGCACAGCAGCCGGGAGGAGAAGGGCAGAGCCAGGAGCCCUUCGCCCAAAAAGAGCUUCAGGCGCCAGCACCCCUCGGGCUACACCAGAAAGAUCUCUCCUGAGGAACUGGAGCGAAAACGGCAGGAAAUGAUGGAAAACGCCAAGUGGAGGGAAGAGGAGAGAGCCAACAACCUCCGGAAGCACCGGAAGGAGGAGGAGCUGGAGCGGGAGCUGCAGAAACUCGACACCAGGGAUGGGAAAUUCUUCCAGCGUUUGAAGCUGGAGAGUGCCUCCACCUCCAGCCUGGAGGAUCGCGUCAAGCGCAACAUCCACUCCCUGCAGAGGACUCCUGCUGCCUUGGAGAAGAACUUUAUGCAGAGGUGAAGGCUGUCCUGCCCCUGCCCCCUGGGCAGGAGCUCGGUGGACGUUUGCUCCCAGAGGUGAGAGCUCUCCAGGAACAAUUCCAGCUGCCAGAGAGGCGCCGCAUCCCGGAGCUGAGCCCGAGGGGCGUUCAGGACUUGGGGUUUCGCUUUGGGGGCCUCGUGAGCCCCUUUGUGCUCCGUUUCUAACCCCAGGGCUUCUCCUCCUCUCCCCGCCCUGACUGGUGUCACUUUUGUACAUUUUUACCAAACUCUGCUCGCUGCUUCCUUCCUCCUGUGCCAGAGCUGAAGGUCUGUUUUUGUUAAUCCUGGGAAUCCGGAGCGGAGCCCAUCCCCACGUGAGGUGACUCCGUGCAGUUUGACAGAGCUGUUCGCUGGCUCACGGAUUUAUUUCAUUCAUUUUUGACCCAAAACCAGCAGUUUCUGAAAGGGUGGCGGGGGGGAAAAGGGGAAUGAGCAGAGCAGUAGCUGACGCAGCAAAUAUUUCUCCGGGAUUUUUGUAAUGUAAAUAAUGUGUAUAUGUACAGCAGCGUAGAUUUAUUUUGCCUUUUUA